CAGUUCCUUUCACUCUCAGUAUUUGAACAAGUUUCCUGCUGAACAAGCAAAGCCAAAGCGACGAAGAGAAGAAGAAGAAAAAGAGAAAAACAGAGAGAAGUUUAAGCUUGAAGUUUGUUGUAAUGGAUGUUAUAAAGGUACAGCAGAUCUCGACGAGACCAAUCGAGAAGGUGAUUGUGCAUCCUCUUGUUCUCAUAAGCAUCGUCGAUAACUAUAACAGAGUCGCCAAGGACACUCGAAAGCGCGUCGUUGGGGUCCUUCUCGGCUCCACUUUCAAAGGCACUGUUGAUGUCUCCAACAGCUACGCAGUCCCCUUUGAGGAAGAUGAAAACGACCCAAGUAUCUGGUUUCUUGAUCACAAUUACCAUGAAUCUAUGUUUUCCAUGUUCAAGAGAAUAAAUGCAAAGGAGCAUGUUGUUGGAUGGUACAGUACAGGUCCAAAACUGCGAGAGAAUGACCUGGAUAUUCAUGGAUUAUUUAAUGACUAUGUUCCAAAUCCUGUCUUGGUGAUAAUUGAUGUCCAACCUAAAGAGCUGGGAAUACCUACAAAAGCUUACUGCACUGUUGAAGAGGUGAAAGAGAAUGCCACUCAGAAAAGCCAGAAUGUGUUUGUGCAUGUUCCCUCUGAAAUUGCUGCUCAUGAGGUUGAGGAAAUUGGUGUGGAACACUUGCUUCGGGAUGUGAAGGAUACAACUAUUAGUACCCUUGCAACAGAGGUAACUGCAAAACUUACAGCAUUGAAGGGGUUAGAUGCACGAUUGCGGGAGAUACGGAGUUAUCUUGACCUUGUUAUCGAUAAAAAGCUCCCUCUGAACCACGAGAUCUUGUACCAUCUACAGGAUGUAUUCAACUUACUUCCAAACCUCAAUGUGGCUGAGUUGGUGAAGGCCUUUUCUGUGAAAACAAAUGAUAUGAUGUUAGUUACUUAUCUUUCUUCAGUCAUUCGAAGUGUAAUUGCUCUCCACAACUUGAUAAACAACAAGAGCUGCAUGGGAAUCGUUCGCUGUUGUUUAAAGCUAGGUAUGACUGUCCACUUUUGAUGAUUAAUUAUAUAUUAUUUUCCAGUACUAAACCUAAUUCUUGAAUAGAAAAUAGCUUAUGCCUACAAGUUAGACCCUGCUUUGGAAUUUAUUGUUCUUCUUAAUUAUCUGUUGGAAUAUCUCUUGCGACUUGAAGGUUAUAGAAAACUGAACUUUGCAAAGAUCACUCAUAUUUGUUUGUGCUUGGUUACUGAACUGAGAACUUGAAUUUCAUCAACUUGCCAUGUUAUGCAUGCCAAUUUCAAUAAGCUCCACAUGUUAAGCAUGCCUGCAACAAGUUUUGUUUUUCGAUCAGCUAAUAUCAUCUGUCGGUAACUUCAGCUUAAGCCAUCUAUAAUUUAUGAUGAACAUCAUUUGCAUCUCAUUUUUUACUAAGUACACCCUACUUUAGUGUGUAUUUAAAGGGUUAAUGGGAUGUACUUAGUAAAAAACGGGGUGCAAA